AUGGAAACUCCAAGUGUUCGUGUUCUUGUUCUUGGAGAAUCCGGAGUGGGGAAGACGGCGUUGCUGCGUGCCAUUUGCCGCUUAUACUCGCCCACCCCGCUCUCUAACGACAAGCCGUCGAGCUUGUGGACCACUGGAUGCGAUGUCCACGUGCUACUCACGUCGUUGGGACCGGCAGGACGAGAAGUUUUUGUGGAAUUCCUGGAUGUUGGAGGUCAUCGCCAGUACGAGCUCAGCCGCGGAGCAUUCUACCACGAUAUACACGGAGUCGUAUUCGUACACGACUUAAGUAACGCCAAGAGUGGAGAACGUCUUCGUAAUUGGAGCAGGGAGCUUAGUGACUUGCAAAGACUUAAAGGAUGCGUGGUGCCGACGAUGACAACAAAAACUCCCGACUUUUCUACGUUGCACGAGUUACCGAAACUCGUGAUUGGCAACAAAAAAGACUUGUUGCAAAGAAAUUAUAAACUUAAAACGUCGGCACCAAUGGGAUCGCUGGAGUUUAGAAACGUUGCCUGUAUUGAAUCGAGUGCGGAACCCUUCUCAAUGGAACCGAGUGGCCCAUUCGAUGCAUUUUUACAACAAACUGUGGCAUUUGCCAACCGAGGAGAAGGCGGAGGAAGCUACAACAGCUACAAUAACAGUAUGGGACUACGACAGACGAACAGAGCUGUUGGCGGAGACGAUAGUCGCGCUGGAUCGGGAUUUAGUGCCGGAGUCAGUAGUUUAGCAGCUGCGCUACCACCAUUAUCCACAGGAUCAGGCAGUGCACGUUCUCGAUGGUGGUAA